AAUACCGACCGGAAGUGUCAUCUGUCCGGAACUGUCCGUUCAUUUCAGGCUCCGUGCAACUUGUUAUUAGACAGCAAAUCAUUACCCCCUCUUUGAAUACUGCUCACUUUAACCCAACUCGUAGUUUUUCUACCACAUGCCUUAGUUGAGUGAUCCAAUAAUGCUCACGGUUUUAUUCUUCUUCCUCCCCGUGUUGUUAUAACAAGCCCACCUGUCAAAUCGAGCUAGCCAGUUAGCUAGCUUGUUGUAUCUAGCCAGUGUGCCGUUAAAGCAGGUGGGCGAGGUUUGUUUUUUGUUUUCAUGCUGGCCACAUAACGUUGGGACAAGGAUCAUCGAUGGCAACUCGGCAACCCUUCACAGACACGGACACUUCGGAUGAGGCAGUGAGGGCGACCUGCGACGAUGCAACCACAUGCAAAAGGUUUGCCACCAGUAAAAGCUACUGGAAGGACCCUUAUAUCCAGUAUUUUGCACGAUCUGUAGGGGAGCGGAAGGCACCUGAAAUCAACAGAGGUUACUAUGCCCGUGUAAGAGGGGUUAACCAUCUUCUCGAUGCAUUUAUAAGGAAGGCAGAGUGCGACUGUCAAGUAAUCAACGUGGGUGCUGGACUGGAUACAACAUUUUGGAGACUAAAGGAUGAAAACCUCCUGCCACGGAAGUUCUUUGAAGUUGACUUUCCAGCAGUUGUGGCCAGGAAAAUACACAAUAUUAAGACAAAACCGCCGCUCUCCAAACCCCUCAUUGAAACCCACUCCACUGACUCCUUGCUCUUAGAUGCCCACAGCCUCGACUCGGACCGUUUCUGUAUCAUCGGGGCAGACCUCAGAGACAUCUCUAAUUUAGAUGAAAAACUGAAGAAGUUCCAGCUUAAUCCAGAAUUACCCACAUUGCUCAUGUCAGAGUGUGUGCUGGUCUACAUGACGCCCUCACAGUCCUCCAAUCUAGUUCGCUGGGCAGCAGAAACCUUCCACACUGCCAUGUUCAUCAAUUACGAACAGGUGAACAUGAGCGAUCGAUUUGGCCAGGUGAUGAUUGAGAACCUGCAGCGUCGCCAGUGCACCCUGGCAGGAGUGGAGAUCUGCCAGUCUCUGGAUUCUCAGAAGGAGCGGUUUCUGAAGACAGGCUGGGAGCAUGCCGAUGCUCUGGACAUGAUGACGGUCUACAGCAUGCUGCCCCAGGAUGAUGUGGCAAGAAUUGAGCGUCUGGAGUUCCUGGACGAGCGGGAGCUGUUGCAACAACUUCUUCAACACUACAGCAUCUGCUGGGCCACAAAAGAUAAACUCAACCUGGGUCUGUCUCAGUUGGCAUUUUGAUUGUGAGCCUGUGCCGCUGUUGGACACGCUUUACAUAAGAGUAGGCCAAAAUCAACAACAGGAGGAGAUGCGUAAAGGGAGACUACGGGAAAAGAGGAAGCACUUAUCCUACAUCAAGCCCUCAUCCGGGAGCUGUUCCGGUGUCAAAACUCAACGAUCAGCAGAAUGUGAAUUCAAGAGUGUCAGUUGUGAGCCAGCAUCACUGAGAUGAGACGUGAUAUGGCUGAGAGCUGUGAAGACGUUUGUCACUACACUGGCACUGAAUUACCACCUGUAAUGCAAGUUUGUUUUCUUAGUUUGCCUUCAGACAUAUUUUGUAAUUCUGUGACGACGCAAUCGCUUAAGAACUGUGUUGGAAAUUAAUGAGUGUGCGAAGUUUGAAGAAUUUCAGAUGUCAUUUAUUUGUCCUUGUCUGGUUUUAUGUGCCAUUUUAAUUUUAUUUAUUAAUCAGUUGUACCUCCUAGAUUCUUUUUCUUACAAAAACCUGUAUGCAUGUCAUAGAAAUAGUGUCGAACUAGAGUGCGUUACCAGCAACUUCUAGUUAAUUUACAGUUGCCCUUAAAGGGUAACUCCGGCAAUUUUACACAUCAGAAUGUUUGAACUGUACUUUGUUUGUAGCUUUUGGGGAGUACUACUGCAUAUGUGGAAAAAAUAGUAGUAUAAAGUCUCCAGAGAAAGCUGCAUUUAAUUGCAUAAACUUCCUCUGGUGAUUUCACCCUUGGGCGAGGUUGCAUUAUGGGUAAUGUAGGCAUCAGGUUCUAAAAAUGGGAGAAGAAUGUGUGAGAGAUGAGAGAUUAGUAUAUAAAACCUGCUGCCCACAUUACCCACAAUGCAAUGUAUCCACUGACUGUCAUCGUUGGAAGAAAUGUGUCAGAUCACAAGCAGCUCCUUCUGGAGCCACAGAAGGCUUUAUACUACUUUCUUUUCAUGUAUACAGUAAUACUCCCCAACACCUGUAAACACACUUGAAUGUGUAAAAGUGGUGGAGUUAGCCUUUAAAAUAGCUUCUAUUCUUGAUCUUACCUUUAAAACAGCAGAGAGGACAUGACUGACUAGUUUGUGAUAGAUUAUAUUUGAUUAAUGCUGAUCAAGUGCAGUUGAAUAAAGAAUACCUUUUGCUUAAAA